UUCAUCACAACGGUCACAUUUAGUAUAUCCGGGUGAUUCCAGUGACCUUGGAUUGGUUGUGAGAAUCAUGGCGGCUCUUGUCAGGUUAAGUUCUGUUUGCCACAGAGGUGUCAGCCCUCUGUUAUUUCGCUCUUCUUCCCUCAUCAGACCUUUGGCCAUACAGAAGAAGGAUCAUGAUUGUCCAUACUUGAUAUCCGCAAAGAUACAUGCUACCCCUUCCAACUAUGCGGGCUCUGGGUCCAAAGCUGCUUCCUUGCACUGGACCGGAGAGCGGAUCCUGAGCAUAGCUCUUCUGGGCAUGGCACCCGCUGCGUAUUAUUUUCCCGGCCCUGCUGUUGACUACUCUCUAGCAGCUGCCCUUACUCUACAUGGUCACUGGGGUCUUGGCCAGGUUUUGACAGACUACGUUCAUGGAGACUUUAAAGUCAAGAUGGCUAACGCAGGCCUCUUUGUUCUGUCGACCGUCACCUUCGCCGGCCUGUGCUACUUCAACUACCAUGACGUGGGGAUUUGUAAAGCUGUGGCCCUCUUGUGGAGUAAAUGAC